AUGGAUCUCACAAUGUUUGCUCUGGAGUAUUACCAAACCAUGCAGGCCUUCAUAUUUGCCGUGGAGGAGAUUAACUCAGAUCCUGAGCUUCUUCCCAAUAUUACUCUAGGCUACCAGACUUUCGACACUUGCAAUAAUUUACGGAGUGCAGCACAAAGCACUCUUUUCAUGCUAUCAGGGGGAAAUGAAAUGAUCCCAAAUUAUAACUGUCACCUUGGGCCACCAUUAGCUGGAAUUGUUGGCGAAUCUGGGUCAACACGGUCGAUUCUUAUGGCCCAGAUCUUGGGACUCUACAGAUAUCCACAGAUAAGUUAUUUUGCAUCCAGCCCUAUUCUCAGUGAUCGGAACCUGUUUCCUUCCUUUUUCCGUACCAUACCCAGUGAUGAAUUUCAAAUGAGAGGUCUUGCCCAGUUGGUUGCUCAUUUUGGAUGGACUUGGGUUGGUCUGCUGGCUAAUGAUAAUGACUACGGUCAGUUUGGACUUCAAAUAGCUAAACAAGAAAUAAUAAAUAGUGGUGCCUGUGUGGCAUUUACUGAGAGUAUAUUGACUGGUCAACCCAAUAAGAAUGCUCCUCAUGUCAUUAAAGUCAUUCAAGAGUCAACAGCAAAGGUUAUAGUUGUGAUAUCCUCAGAUUCGGACUUUGUGAUUGUUGCAGAAGAGCUGCUGAGGCAGAAUAUAACUGGGUAUACCUGGGUGGCCAGUGAAGCUUGGGCAACAUCUGAGUUACUAUCUAAAGAACGAUUCCAAAGAGUUUUAUUGGGUACUCUUGGCUUUGCCAUUCAUCAUGGGCCAAUGCCAAACUUCAACAUGCACCUCAACAGCAUUUAUCAAACAAAAAAAUUCCAUGAUUCAUUUGUAAGGGAAUUUUGGGAACAAACAUUUUCUUGUAAAUGGCCCGACAAAGUUGAUGUCACAGAGCAGCCAUGUACUGGAAAUGAAACGUUGGAGAACCCACCAGCCGAAGAAGACCAUAGAUUAUCUCUUAAUGUCUACACUGCUGUCUAUGCAUUUGCAUGGGCCCUGCAAGAUCUGAUUUAUUGUACUUCCAAAAAAGGGUCACUACAUUGUGGGGACUGUGCCAAUGGCUGUUUAUUUAACCCGUGGCAUCUCCUCCACCAUAUUAAAAAUGUGAACUUCAGCAUCAAAGAUCGGAGCCACAUUUUCUUUGAUGCAAAAGGGAACCCACCAGCCAUCUAUGACAUUGUCAAUUGGCGCCUGACGUCUAAGGGCUCCCUGGAACAGGCUGUAGUUGGGAAUUAUAGUUAUUUGAAUGGUCUGGAUGGCAAAAUCUUAAAUAUAGAUGGUGAUAAAAUGACAUGGACUAACAGUGACACACAGUCUGCAAUUAACUUUCUAGACAUGAGGAUUCCAGUGGAGAAUCGGAAACGUUUUACUGAUCGACAAUUAACUCCAUGCUAG